UUUUGUUUUUAAGAUGGAGAAGAAAACAUUGGUGUAUGUUGGGUCUGGGGUAUGUGUGGUUGUUCUGGUGGUGAUCGGAAUUGUGCUGGGUGUAACUCUCACCUCUUCGGAUGACGAUGACAAUAAGUCGCAACUAGAAAUCGACACUUUGAGUUCAAUCAAUGAAAACACGACAUUCCCAGAAGGGUCUUUCCGCAUGCAAGAAAAUCAAAUCCAGUCCUGGGAUGAUGAAGAGAGCCGGAAACCCAUGAGCAUUAGCAGAGAGGAACUGCAGCAAGUGGGGAUACGAACGGACGACACCUCAUUCAUAGCUGAGAGUGGUCGUCUCACCUUCCUUUACAUCCGAAUUCCAAACCCACCGGCUGAUGGAACCCGAUCAAAAAGGGCAGUAGGAACGUUAGCCAAUGACAUUGGCAGCAUUGGAAUCAAGAUGGGGGACUCAGACUUCGUCACAGUUAUUCCCCUGAAUAUUGCUGGGACGAAUAGUGGGCUCAGGCAAGUCGGGAAGCUAAGUGAUUCCACGGUCUACGAACUUGAGGCAAGGAUGCCAGAACUGUCUGACUGCUCAUCUUCAAUCUCAGCCUGCUUUGUGACGGCUUGGCAACCCGUGUCUCUGUCAGCUGACGGGAAAUACGGAGCAAUGGCAGGUUUCAGCAACCCAAUGCCCGUGUCCUGUGGUACCCAAUGCCCAGGUGAUGGGACAUCCAACGAAUGUUCAGCCGGAUGCAGUUCCUGCGAUGGCUCCCAAAUGGUUUCCGGUGCAGACACGCCAGUCACUAAGCGCUUCAACAUGGGAACCAAUAAUGGCACUUUCAAAUUCUAUUACCAAACAUAUUCCGUCAGAGACCGAAUCACGGUUAGACACGACGAUGGUGUCAUUUUCGACACUGGUUGCGUUGGUCAAACUGCCACACCGGAAGUCUCAUUCAGUCCUGCAGCUAAAGGAAACGAAAUCGUGGUUAGCGUGGAACCCAAUUGCCAGGGAACCACGGGAACUGCGUGGGAUUUCAAGGUUUUUUGUCCGGAAAUAUGUACAAAUGAGACCGAGGGUCAAAUAAUCAUUUCCAGUGGAGCCCGUUUAAUCAAAGAAGGAGAUUCGGUCUACAUUAACGCAAACGGGGAUAUGCCGGCUGUCAAAGGAACCUAUUGCGGCACGACACCCAUCAAAUGAACUGGUUGGUAUACUGCCAUCAGCCAAUCUUUUGCCAUUCCGAAUGGAGGAAAGGCGAAACUGUCAUGGAUUGACGCGGACGGAAACCCUGGCUCUUUGAACUUCACUGUCAAAGGGACGCAACCAGCUGACGCCAGUGUCCUGGCAGCCAUUGGAGAUUCCCCUUGGUUCGCAAGACACGUCGCGUAUCACGAAUCCGGCGGGCGAAAUCAAUUUGACAAAAAGGGAGAGCCUAUCAUAGGCAUUGAUAAGCCUGCUGAUCCGUCUUCCACAUUCGGCGUCGGCAUUUUCCAGAUAACCAAUUGCAAGGAUUGCCAAAAAGUGACUUGCGACAUGGUCUGGAAAUGGAGGGCUAAUGUGGACAGGGGAAAGGCGAUGAUUGCUGAUGCUGUGAGUCGCCGUUUAUGCACCUACUUUUUAGUCGCUUUUGUCCGAAGACGAGUUUUAUUGUUGUUCUUGCAAGGCCAAGGCCUAUCUUGA